ACCCAGUGACCACUGAGUGUGGGCACAACUUCUGUCCCUCCUGCAUCCAGCAGGGCUGGGAAGACCUACAGUGCACCUUUCCCUGUCCUGUCUACCUCCACCACUGCCCUGACAGGAGCUUUAAGAGGAACACCCAAUUAUGUCACAUGACAGAUUGUUCAGCAGAUUCCCGGCAUGAGGGGAAAGAGGAAAAGGCAAGAGGAACCCCUGUGUAAGAAGCACCGUGAGGGUCUGGCCUGGUUCUGUGAGAAGGACCUGGAGCUGCUGUGUGCCCAGUGCAGGGUCUCCUCUGAUCACGGGGAUCACCCCCUGAUGCCCGUUGAAGAAGCUGCAGCUACUCACAGGAGGAAGCUCAAGAGCUAUAUUGAGUCCUUGAGCGAGCAGAUUAAAGAUACUGAAAUUCGGUCAGAAAUGCAAAUGUCGAAAUGUUUCGAAUUGAGACAGAAGAUAGAAAAUGAAAAGGAUGAAUUGCACUCUGAAGUUAAACAACUUAAACAUUUCUUGGAAAAGGGACAGAUUGCAAGGCUUAUUAGUUUGCUAAAUGAAGAAACAAAUGUUCAAGAAAAUUAAUUGAAGAGAAAAACCAAAUAUCAAACCACAGUUCCAUAUUAAACAGUCUGCUUAGUGAUAUUAUCAGUAACUGUUUGCAGACAAACGUGGAUUUAUCCACUGGUAUUGAAAGUAUUGCCGAAACCGGUUU